CCCCACGUGGCGCCCAGCGUCUGCCGCGUCCACGGCGCGCCGGACCUCCAGGCCCUGGGGUGGAAACGGCCCUCCUGCACCUCCUCCAGAAACAACCGAAAACCCUGGUUGGGAUUGUCCGGAGCACCCAAGCGCCUCGAGCCCUUUGCUCUGAUGCUGCGUUGAACAGUAGAGCUUUUUGAGGCUCUGUGCCCGGCCCGCACGCGCACGUUCGCGUCCUGUCGCCUGUCCCCGCGUGGCUCGGUGACCUGCCGGGGAACGGAGGACUGGGACGCGCGGAGCUCACCGCGGCGAUGUACCAGAGCCUGGCCAUGGCCGCCAACCACGGCCCACCGCCCGGAGCCUACGAGGCGGGCGGCCCCGGCGCCUUCAUGCACAGCGCGGGCGCCGCGUCCUCGCCGGUCUACGUGCCCACGCCGCGGGUGCCGCCGUCGGUGCUCGGCCUGUCCUACCUCCAGGGCGGAGGCGGGGGGGGCGGGGCUGCGGGCGCGGGCCUGGCGAGCCGUGAGCAGUACGCGCGUCCGGGCUUCGCCGGCUCCUACUCCAGCCCCUACCCGGCCUACAUGGCCGACGUGGGCGCGUCCUGGGCAGCGGCCGCAGCCGCCUCCGCCGGCCCCUUCGACAGCCCGGUUCUGCACAGCCUGCCCGGCCGGGCCAACCCCACCAGACACCCCAAUCUCGUAGAUAUGUUUGACGACUUCUCGGAAGGCAGAGAGUGUGUCAACUGUGGAGCCAUGUCCACCCCGCUCUGGAGGAGAGAUGGGACAGGUCACUACCUGUGCAAUGCCUGUGGCCUCUACCACAAGAUGAACGGCAUCAACCGGCCCCUCAUUAAGCCUCAGCGCCGGCUGUCAGCCUCACGCCGGGUGGGCCUCUCCUGUGCCAACUGCCAGACGACCACCACCACGCUGUGGCGCCGCAAUGCCGAGGGUGAGCCUGUGUGCAAUGCCUGCGGCCUCUACAUGAAGCUUCAUGGGGUCCCCAGGCCUCUUGCAAUGCGGAAGGAAGGGAUUCAAACCAGAAAACGGAAGCCCAAGAACCUGAAUAAAUCUAAGACAGCAGCAGGUCCUCCUGGCAGUGAGAGCCUCCCUCCCACCAGCAGCACCUCCAGCAACCCCAGCAAUGCCAGCAGCAGCAGCGAAGAGAUGCGCCCCAUCAAGACAGAGCCCGGGCUGUCAUCUCACUAUGGACACAGCAGCUCCAUGUCCCAGACAUUCUCCGUCAGCACUGUGUCCGGCCACGGGUCCUCCAUCCACCCGGUCCUCUCGGCCCUGAAGCUCUCCCCACAAGGCUAUGCGUCUCCUGUCACCCAGACUUCUCAGGCCAGCUCCAAGCAGGACUCUUGGAACAGCCUGGUCCUGGCUGACAGUCACGGGGACAUAAUCACUGCAUAAUUGCCCCUUCUUCCCUCCUCAAAUUCCUGCUUGGACCUGGGACCUGGGGACCAGCAGAGACUGAGGUGGGGCACCCUGGCCAGCCCGUCUGUCUGGGGAUGACUCCAGAGCCACAACUGGGAAGAACUUGAAGUUGACAAUCGCUUAGGGAUGUGGGUGCUGGAUUUCUUCAAUUGAGGUUUCCAGGUGGAGCACUGGAAAGAGCCUGCACAGACAAGCCCUCCUUUGCUGCGAGCACAGCGCACUGAAGCUGUUCAGUGUAGCAGGAGGCUUCUUUCUCCAUUUCCACCCACAAGCCCCAGUCAGAGACAUGAUAUCUUUCACCCCAACUUUCCAGCCCUGUGGCCCAGGUGGUGGGUUUUUCACUGCGCUCCAAGGGUGGCUGCAGGGUCCCAGGCUCCAGGAUCCCCGAUGCAGUCCAAGUACCAGCUAAAUGCGGACUGGAUGUGACAGGCCUCUUCAGGCAGCCCUGCCCUUGCCCAACACUCCCCUGGAGGCAUGGCACAUCCCUGCAUGCCCUAUACCACAUCUGACUCCACAAACGCUGGGUGCAACGUGGAUGUUACUGAGCGCUUCCUAGGGAAAUGGAGGAGAGGGUGCAUCACCCACCACACACGAUGGCUUCAUCAAAUUGGAGCCUGGCAAGUCAUGCCCUUCCCAGUCCUUACCUGCCAAGCCUUCCCUUCCCUUCCCUUGCAGGAACUCUGACAUUAAACCCCUUGCUCUUCGGCCUGAACAUCUCCCAACUCUUCAAAACUAGAGCUCAGCAGCGUAGCAGGAUUAUACCAGUUGGGGCUGUCCCUAGCAUCCUUGUUUGCCCCCUUCACACACUGGGUACCCAGGGAGAGGCAAAGCCAGUCUGCUACUGAAGCAGCUUUGGUGACUGCGCUCAUGGGCACCUUGGGGUCCCUGUGUUCCAGGACUCCAGCUUGCUUGCUCUGAGCCUGCCCAGCCUCGGGCCUCUCAGUCAGACACUGUCUGGACCCACGCCUUUUUCCAGCAUGGAUCCUUUAUCUAGGAAACAUAGAGCAUUUGCAAGAUAUAGUCAAAGCAAAAACAACAAAAGGAAAUUCACAAAAGAAUGAAGGUGAUGUAUGCAAGAUGCCAGGAGCUGAAGGGUUCUCGCACUCACAGCCGUCCUGGAAUCAGCCUCCUCCCCUGUGUGUUGGGGCUCCUGAAGAAUUGUCCUUGUACCGACAGAACAGUAGCUGAUGUGGCAAUGACCCUGCCGUAUCCCAAACUCCCAGCUCCCAGCCCUAAACCCUACUGGCUGUAGCAGAGAAUAGCAUUGAACCAAGAUUCUGUUUUAAUCAUCAUUUACACUGUUUUCUCCCCAAAGGCCACCCUCCCAUGUCUUCCCUCCCCCACAACCUGUUAACAUUGUCUUAAGGUGAAAUGGCUGUAAAAUCAGUAUUUAACUAAUAAAUUUAUCUGUAUUCCCCCUU